AUGUAUCCGACAAAACCCAACCCAUCACUUCCUCGCAGUGUUGGAUCGAAACGUCGUUCUCGACGGCUAAGAUGGGCUCUGCUAGAGAAGAUUCCACGCGAAUCGGAACUUAUGAUAAGGCAGUCUCCUGUCUUUGAAAAAGCAGCGACGCGUCGUUUAAAACCAAAAAACCUUAAAAACCAAAAAAAGAUUUUACACAAGACCAUCGCUAUAUCUACCUACAAUGUACGCACACUCAAACAAACAGGAAAACUUCAUCAACUUAUAUAUGGAUGCAACAAAAACAACAUCGAUUUGGUAGCGGUUCAAGAACAUCGUUGGCAAACCUCAGAACAAACAAACACAGCAUAUCAAACACUGAACGACGAAACAUGA